AGGACUAAUACCGGUGUCCGGAAGUAUGACGUGAUUACUGCCAUCAAUGGAUCAGAUGUGCGAUCGCUGGACGACUUGUAUCGGGCCGUCGAUGAGCUCAUGAUAUCGGGUGUAAUGAAUGUCGUGAUAAAUGCUGAUGGAGUGGUCAGACGGCUAGUACUUCACCCAACGGUCGGUCCACAGAUCGCGCCCUCUGUUUCGUUAAGUCUAUGGACUGAUGGCUAUAACGGAAGUCACGCGAGAAUUCAUUUCUAUGAGAAUAUAACGACUGCCGGCUGUGGAGUCGGCAGGAAAGGGAUGCUUAGGGACAACACUUGCUUUACAUACCAUCCAAAUAGUGAUACAAUGUUUGCCAGCAUUCAAAACGGGCGGGUAGUCCAGACCGGAGAGAUGCCGUGGACUGUGUAUAUCACAAAUAAUCUUGGCGGUUGUGGCCCAAACUGUACGAUGACUGACAUUCGUGUAUAUCCGGGGCUAACGAACCAAAGCAUUGCAAACUAUACAUACUAUACGGGCGGUCAGUAUUUCAUUACUCCGGAGUAUGCACUCAAUCAGUGGCAACCCUUUGACUUGGGGCUAAUCCGACUCAACACUGCUAUACCAUUGGACGGGACGUCAGGUGUGACCGGAAUUAACGCCAUUUGUUUGCCCGAAGAGUGGGUCGUGAAUGAAGACAAAGAGUACGUAAUAUUGAAUGGUUUCGGUGCCGCCGACGAUAACGGCACCGGUUCUGGUGUACAACGCAUUGGUUUUGCUCGCAUUGAGAGAGCACGCAAUGAUCCCAACCAUACUUUGCAACGAAACGCCGCGCUUUACGCCCGACGCAUACCAUUCCCGUCCGGUUCGGCCACAUGUAAA